AUGGAGCUGAGAAUCGUUUUCGUUCUGUUCGUCAUUUGUUCACAUACUUCAUCACAGAAAAUCAUCUACUUCGUGAAUCAAUCCAAGACUUUUGAUGAGGCUCAACAAUAUUGUCGAGAGAAUUACAUUGAUCUGGUGACUCUGUCAGACCAGGCAGACAUGGAGGAGCUCCUUGGGCUUGAUAGCUUCACGUACACUGAAUCCGCCUGGAUUGGACUGAAGAAAAGCGGCAGUAAGCAGUGGCGCUGGGCUCUGGCUGAUCCACAGUUUUACCAGGAAGGAGAAACUGAAUACAGAAACUGGGCAGCCAAAGAAGAAGAGGUCAUCAUAGAGUAUGAAGACUGUGCAGUGAUGUAUACCGAUGGGCAUUUAUACGACACCUACUGUUUUCCUAUCAGAUAUUUCAUGUGCUACGAUGGUCAGGGAGAUAAUAACCAGAAAUACGUCUUCGUUAAUGAGCCGAAGUCCUGGAGAGACGCACAGACUUACUGCAGACUGCAUCACACAGAGCUGGUCAGCGUGAGGAACGAGGAGGAGAACCUUCAGAUCCGGCAGCUAAUACCUGCAGGACAUUUCGCAUACAUCGGCCUAUUCAAAGACGAAUACAUCUGGUCCGAUAACAGCACGUCUGCAUUCAGAAACUGGGAUCCUGAUCAGCCGGAUGGAUCGGGAGAAUGUGUGGUACAACAGUUACGAGAUAGCAGACUGUGGGAUGAUCAGACGUGUAGCGCUCAAAAGCCGUUCUUCUGCUCUGCCUUGCUGAAGAAGAGGCAGAUUUUGAAAAUCCAAGUGAAAUCUCAUCAGGACGUGUCUGACCUUCAACUGAAAGCAGCCAUCUUGGCAAAGCUGCAGCAGAAACUGGAGGAGCUGGGAAUGGCAUACAACACCAAACUGGAAUGGAGGACACUGACUGAUGGACGGGUCUGA